GAACCUACCUGAACACAACUGAGAGCUUUAACCCUAAAUCGUAUCCCUUAAUCGCGUAAUUUUUUUUUUUUUUUUACUUUUUUUUCCAAUGGAGAUUCUUCCGAUACCGGCGGAGAGCUUUAAGGUAGGAUUCAUCGGAGCUGGUAAAAUGGCUGAGAGUAUAGCUAGAGGUGUGGUAGCCUCUGGUGUGCUUCCUCCUAAUCGUAUCUUCACCGCCGUUCACUCCAAUCUCAACCGCCGUGAUGUCUUCGAAUCCUUCGGCGUCAGUGUCUUCUCUAAUAGCGAAGACGUUGUUAAAGAAAGCGAUGUUGUUAUAUUCUCUGUCAAACCCCAAGUUGUUAAGAAGGCUGUCAUGGAGUUAAGAUCGAAGCUUUCAAAGAAUAAGAUUCUGGUUUCGGUUGCAGCUGGAAUCAAGUUGAAAGAUCUUCAGGAAUGGUCUGGUCAAGAUCGAUUCAUAAGGGUGAUGCCUAAUACACCUGCCGCAGUUGGUGAGGCAGCUUCAGUUAUGAGCCUCGGAACAGGAGCAACGGAAGAGGAUGGAGAAAUUGUCGCUAAGUUGUUUGGCGCGGUGGGGAAGAUAUUGAAAGCUGAUGAGAAAAUGUUUGAUGCUGUCACUGGUCUCAGUGGAAGUGGACCAGCAUACAUAUUCUUAGCCAUUGAAGCUUUAGCUGACGGAGGGGUAGCUGCUGGUCUACCACGAGAACUCGCAUUGAGUUUAGCUUCACAAACUGUUCUUGGAGCUGCAACAAUGGUGAGCAAAACCGGAAAGCAUCCAGGUGUGUUGAAAGAUGAUGUUACUUCACCCGGCGGCACUACUAUAGCUGGAGUUCAUGAGCUGGAGAAAGGCUCUUUCCGUGCAACACUUAUGAAUGCUGUUGUUGCUGCAGCUAAGCGAAGCAAGGAGCUCUCACAAAACUAAUCUCUAUAUCUGGCUGCUGCUAUUGUUUCACCUUACAGAUUCAUUAGAAUAAGUGUUAUGGCAUUGCUUGUUUUUAGAUGAGUUUUCCCCACUUGUCUUCGAUGGUAGAGGUGAAGAUUAGUAUCUAGACGUUUUAUCGAUUCAGUACUCGGAUACUUCUUUUCUAAUUACCUCUUGACUUGAUUCUGAUUCUUUUUUGUAAAUGACCACGAUGAAUUGUCUAAACUAAAGAAUCUAGAACAUGAGUAUGAUAA